AGAGAAAGAGAGAGAUUACAAGAGAGGCCGCAGAAAGCAUAAAGAAAAAAGUCGGCCUUUUUAUAUGGAUUUGCUGCAGAGAUCGCCAACGGAAAACAACAGAAGUUGGUUGUGCCAUGAAUGGAGUCUUUUGGUGGUGCUAAGAGGGAGAGCGUGAGAGAGAGAGAGAGAGAGAGUCGAAGGAGAUAGCUAGAGGGAAAAGGAAGAGCUUUUUGGAGGAAUAUGAUGGCAAAUAAAGGGAAUUCGAGCCACGGGAAGCAGCAGGAGCAGCAUAUCUCCUUUGGCUUGAUCCAGCCCUCCUCAUCGACGCAUGGAAACUUCAUAAGUAGGGAGACGGGGGCCUAUGACUUGGGAGAGCUGGACCAAGCACUGUUCAUGUAUCUUGAUGGGCAGGAUCACUCAUCAGCUCAAGAACAAAGACAGACUCUGAACAUUUUCCCUUCCCAGCCCAUGCAUGUAGAGCCAUCUGCAAAGGGCGAAAUUAGUUUGGUCUCUCCAACAAGCAGUGGUUCUAAGAAGUCAUCAGAGCGAACCAUGGAGUUGGGCAACCCACGAAGCGAUCCCCCAGCUUUGCCUGAGCCUGGGAGCGAUAUUAAAGCAGUGGUAAAGAAGGAAGGAAACAACAGAAAGGGCACAUCUAGUUCGGAACAAGAAAGGCCCAGGACACCAGAUCCUAAGACACUGAGAAGGCUUGCUCAGAAUAGGGAGGCAGCCAGGAAAAGCAGGCUAAGGAAGAAGGCUUAUGUUCAACAGCUAGAGAACAGUAGGAUCAAGCUAACUCAGCUAGAACAAGAGCUCCAGAGGACAAGGGCUCAGGGUUUGUUCUUCGGUGGAGCACUUCUUGGGGACCAAGGCAGCUUCCCUCCCAGCAUCAGCUCACUCAGCUCAGAUGCCGCGAUGUUUGACAUGGAGUAUGGAAGGUGGCAAGAGGAGCACCAUCGACGAAUGUGCGAGCUUCGGGCUGCAGUGCAAGAACACCUACCAGAGAACGAGCUCCGGAUGUUCGUCGAGAACUGUUUGGCUCACUACGACGACAUGAUUAACCUCAAGAGUUUGGUCAUCAAGUCUGACGUCUUCCACCUCAUCUCCGGCAUGUGGAAGACCCCUGCAGAGCGCUGCUUCCUGUGGAUGGGUGGCUUCCGCCCCUCCGAGCUCAUCAAGAUGCUUUUGAGCCACAUCGAGCCAUUAACGGAGCAACAGAUACUGGGGGUGUGUGGCCUGCAACAGUCGACGCAAGAGACGGAGGAAGCGCUGAGCCAAGGACUUGAAGCCCUCCACCAGUCUCUAUUGGACACCGUCACCUCCGAUGCCCUGAGCUGCCCGUCCAAUAUGGCCAACUACAUGGGCCAAAUGGCCAUUGCCAUGAACAAGCUCACCACCCUCGAGGGCUUCGUUCGACAGGCAGAUAAUCUGAGGCAGCAGACACUCCACCGGCUUCACCAGAUCUUGACAACCCGUCAAAUGGCCCGAUGCUUGUUAGCCAUCGCUGAGUACUUCCAUCGCCUCCGUGCUCUGAGCUCCCUAUGGCUCGCUCGACCAAGACAGGAGUGAUUCUCUGAACCCUAGAAAGGGAGAUCAGGAGAAAGGCUUCAGUGGUUGUGCCACCUCCAUCUCUUUCCUUGGCACUGAAUGGGAUUCUAUGGAGAGGCAGGAAGAUCCAUUAGAGUCUUUUCUAGAGAUGUAUAGAUAGAUAUAUAGAUACGUUAGAUACACUGAAUUGAUGCAAUGUGGCCUACGUUUCAUCCCAUCCUCUUCUGUUCUUUCUCAGCUUACCUUAUCAUGAGGGUGACUUUGUAGGAAAGCAGAGAUUGAGGCAAUGUUUUCUGACUUGCUUGAUGGAGGAAGGAGAAAGAGAAGGGAGGUGAGGAGAUCUUAAGAGAAGGAGAAGAAGGUAAAGAAAAAGCAAUCUCUCUUUGUCGCUCUCUCUUCGGUCUAUGUUUUGAGGAGAACAAGGUGUUUGAACAUAGAGGAGGGAUGGGUGGGUCCACUGGUGCACAUGUCACCAUUUGGCUAUCCCACCCUGCAUGUUUUUGGAAUAUUUGGUGAAGGUGUCAGAGAGGGGGUUCUGUAUUGAACUUUGGCCGGUGACAUUUUAUUUGGUUUGUCCUUUAUGUUUUUA